UUUCACUGUUCGUGACGUCAUCUCUUAAUAUUGGUGUAGAAAAUAUGGAGUCAGAAAAUGGAGCGGGCAUUCUUCGGAAAGAACUUGAUAUCAGCACGCAGAUAGCGAAUCUAGAGGCUCAAACCGCUCAUCUGGAGGGAGACUUCGAGUCGAUAUCCGCAUCAGCUAGAGAACUGGCCCACGUGGUACGUCGUUAUGUGGACAAAGUGGAGACGGAGAGAAAGAGUUGGGAUGUCCUGGAAAUUAUGCUCGAGUCAGGCCUAACAGCACGUGACGUUCUAGAUCACGUGAAGAUAUUCUUCAACUUCCUGCUCGCCAGAAUGACGUCACAACAUUCUGACGUCACUGACGUGAAAAUGCUGUGGCACCAUCUAGACAAAGAAGAGGUGAAGCAAGCAUUUCGUCGGGCUUUGAAAUAUUUUGGAUUCACAGACGCCGACGAGCGAAGUAUCAACGUCCUGAUGGCGAUUAUGUACAAGAUGCAAGUUGAUCUGGACAGAGAUACAAGUUCUGAUCAAUCCGCGGGCAGUUCGAUUUCAUUCGAGAAAUGUAAGGACAUUAUUAGUCAGUGUAUGAGUAAAUCUAACCAUCCCUCGAAUCAACAGACGACAUUGGCGAUAGAUGCGUCUGCUACUAAAGAUGAGACAUCGGCGAAUGAUGUCCAAACUGGCUUCAAUGAUGAAAAUGAUGAUCUUACACGGGAGCAGAAGGCUGCAGCAAUAAGUCGCAAGAUAAACACGUCUGCUGCGAAAAUUAUUGAAGCGGUAGACAAUAAGGAUAAGAAUGAGCAUUUCAAAGAUCCAAAAGGUGGAACAGAUAAUGCAAACGAUGCUGGAGCGAUUGGACAGGAGCUGAAAGUCGGUGACUGGAACUUCGUUGAACUCUCUCAGGACAAUUUUGACAUUAAGAUAUUGGAGACGAUAACUGCGUGGCCCCUAAAUGACAAUUUCAAAGUAGUCCUCAAACGUAUGAUAUGUAUUGUGUUGUACACACUGAAUAUAGGGCGCGUUGGGAAAGAUCUGUCUUUAGUUAACUUAAGCAUAAAAAACUAACGUACCUUGAAGGUGUGCUUUCGUGAUAAAAUGUUAGUAGAGUGUAAUAAAAUGAUUAUUAAG